AUGCCGUCGUCGAAAGCAAAGCAGUAUGAGUCGCCAUUGACCAUGGCAGCUUCUUCAACGAAUGAAGAAAUCACCGAUGAAAAGAAGAAAAAGAGACGAGAACUAAAGUCUCGGAAACGAGCUCGAAAGGAAGCUGAAGAAGAUUUAGAAGCAGAGAAGCUUACGGCGAUGUUAUUUGGUGGCAAUGCAAGUCUUGGAGCAUCUCGGCUAUUCGCUGUAGAAGAAGAAGCAGCCAUCAAUGAUUAUCAUGGUCAGCAUCAAGGUGAUGGCGAAGAUCUUGGUUUCCAAAUCGACCGUACUGGGUUGGAUGGAGGAGUUGUUGAGGAGUCUCCUUUGGAACAACAACUGAGGGGAGCAUCAGCACUACAAGCGUUUCAGACCAAAGACGACAAUGCGGAAGAAGAAUCUCCGGCUUGGGUGGACGACGAGGACGAGGCUGAGCUAAGCUUGGUAGAAUCCAGUAAUCGAUUGCGAAAGCUCCGUCACUCCCGAGAAGAAACAGAGGCAAUCACUGCUGAUGAAUUGGAACAACGACUUCGAAAACGCUAUGAAGAAUCUACCCAAAAGUCAGCAAGGAUAGAUUGGGCAAAUCCAAGUCAUGUAGAGGAGGUAGAGGAUCCAAUCGCUAAAUUUUUUUCGACGGCUGGAACUCUUUUGAAAUCUACCCGAGACCGAUUGCCGCCAAAUAUUUUGAAAAUUGUGCGCUGUCCAGAUGCAAAUCAGGCUGACUACAACCAAUCCGUAGUCAGGGCAGUCAACUUUCACCCAGGUUCGGACCCGGAGAAGCCUUUGUUGCUUACAGCAGGACUUGACAAGACUCUGAGGUUCUUUCAGGUUGGUGCUGAGAAGAGUGAGAAGAUCCAUGGUGUCCACUUCCCAAGGUUGCCGAUCUACAACGCUAACUUCCUUGGAAGCAGCGGAAAUGUUGUUGUCAGCGGACGUCGCCCGUUCUUUUACAUCUAUGAUGCCGUUGCCGGAAAAGUUGAUCUUGUUCCACGAAUCCAAGGACGGGACGAGAAAUCCUGGGAAAGUCAUGUCGUUUCUCCAGACGGAAAGUUAAUUGCCUUUGUUGGAAACGAUGGGUACAUUGUACUGGUGGAUUCACAUAACAAACAUUGGGUUGGAGAUAUGAAAUGCAAUGGAAGUGUUCGAGCACUAAGUUUCACACCUGAUGGAAGGUACAUUUUAGCGAGUGGUAGUGACGGAGACAUCUAUCGAUGGGAUGUCCACAGUCGACGCUGUGUCGAACGUUUCUCCAAUAACGACGGAACAGUCAGUGCAUCGAUUGCGGCAACCUCCAAGUUUAUGGCUGUUGGUGCAGAAUCCGGUGUUGUGAACUUUUAUUCUGAACAACAAGGCAUGUCAUCAAGCAAGACACCAUUAAAGUCCAUUAUGAAUCUGAAAACAUCCGCUGAAGACUUGAAAUUCAACCAUGAUGGGCAGAUUAUGGCAAUGAUAACAAAGCGGGAAAAGCAUGGAUUGAAACUUCUUCAUGUACCCACUCAGACAGUGUUUUCCAAUUGGCCCACUUCCAAGACGCCCUUGAAGUAUGUUUGGAGCGUUGACUUCUCCCCCAAGUCCAAAUACAUUGCGAUUGGAAACGACAAGGGAAAGUGUCUGCUGUAUCAACUUGGUCAUUACCACGAAACCUAG